ACUUUUUUGUUGUGAACGUACUUCAUGAUAAUUAUCAAUUAUUAACUACAAUAAUGUGAAAAGUCAUGAUAAUCAUAGUUAUGAAAAUUGCUCGUUAUCUUUUCAUACAAUAAUGAUGAUAUUAAUCCUACUAGUUGAUAGUACUGACUACACUUCGACGGUUAUAAAAUAGUCGGUAACAAAGCUUCAAGCCAUAAAUCAGCAUCAUUGUUGAUAAUGAAUAAAAUACUUUUAUUAUUCAAUGAUUUAAUUAAACUCAUUUACGUGUAAUUUUUUAUACUAAAUUUUCUAAAUAAUUCAACAAUGGAAACUGAGGAUACAACUUCACCAACACCACAAUGGAGACGUUAUAUUUUUAUAGAAUUACCAGUAUUUUUUUGUAUGUUUGCAAGUGGAAUGACAGGUACCGUUUUCACUGAUUUAAUUAUUUUUCAAUCGUGCAAAGAAGUAACAGGAAGAAAUAAUAAUAGUUGUGAUAUUUAUCAUCUAAAUAGUAGCAGCAAAGAAGCUCAAGAAUUAAACAAAAUCGUACAGCCGUAUGCAAGCAAUGUAAUAAUGUGCAGAUCAUUAAUCGAAAGUAUUUUAUCUGCAUUUUUAAUAUUGUUUUUAGGACCUUGGAGUGAUAAAUUCGGUCGAAAACCGCUAAUGAUAAGUGCUUGCAUAGUUCUGAUAUCCAAAUAUGUAAUUUUAUCGGUGCUGAGUAAUUUUGAUGAAGAUCCAUGGAUGUUUUUGAUCGCCUCGGUACCUUACGGUCUUCUUGGUAACAGUCUCUUAUUAGCGACUUUUUGUUACAUUGCCGAUUCUACAGAACCCGAUAAACGGGCAUGGUCUCUAGCUUGCUUGCAAACAUGCGUCACCGUAGGAAUAGUAAUUGGUACUUUUACCGGUCCCUGGAUAUUCAAACAACUCGGUUAUACAUUUGUAUUCGCUAUCGCUGCAGUAUUUUGUGCAUUUGCGCUAGUUUAUAUAAUUUUUUUGAUACCUGAGACUGUUGAAAAUGAAUUUAACGAAAAAUGGGGAAAUCCAUUCAAUAUGCCAUUGAUUAAAGAAUUAUUCUCGAUAUGCUUCGAAAGACGCGAUGGAUUCAAUCGUGGAAUGUUAUGGUGUUGUCUGGCAGUUUUGACAUUAUUUACGAUGGUAGUUAAUGGAAACUCGAAUAUAAGUUAUUUAUUUGCGAAUGCCAAACUCGGAUGGGAUAUUGAGGACUUUUCAAUUUUCAGUGGACUAUCUAUAGUAUUAUCAACGAUCGGAACAUUUGGCGGUCUCAAAUUCAUGAAAUAUUGUUUAGGAAUGGCGGAUAUUAAAGUAGCACUAGUGGGUUGUAUAUCUGGUUUUUCAGCAACCUUAUUAGGAUCUUUAACCACAGAACCUUGGCACAUGUACGUUGGAAUUGUUUUAGGAUUGUUUACGGGUAUUGUAUUGCCUACUACACGCUCUCUGAUAUCUAAAUCUUCUCCUAUAGAUGCGAUAGGUAAAGUUUUUUCUUUAGUGUCGUUCGUAGAAACAAUUCUGCCACUGGGAAGCGCUCCUAUAUUUAAUUUAUUAUACUCUUCAUAUAUUUUUGUUUAUCCAUCACCAGUGUUUUUAUUAAUGGCCGGUUUAUUUUUGUUAAUGACAUUUAUUAUCAUAAUUAUGAAUUUAAAAUUUAUGCGAUUGGAAUUUUCUUAUCAAGAAAACAUUCACCAAAAUUAAUAUUUCUUUACUUCCUUUAUCAGUGCGGCAAUAACCAGUUAAAGUUAAACUAAAUCGAAUUAGUAAAAUUAUUCAAAAAGUGAACAUUAUAAUUAUGAGAAUUAAUAUUAAGAAAUUAUAACAGUUUUGUGAUAUCUUCUUGUGAAGCUCUAUUGUAUAACAAUGAGUGUAACAACUAUAAUAUAAUUACAUAACUAAA